CGGACGGCGGCGGCGGAAGUGGUGGCGCGCGUUGGAGGCUCAAGAUGAAUUCCAGAGGCACUGCUUCUCUGUUGAAGGAUAGUAUCCCACUUACUGAGUUUUCAGCUUCAGGGCCAUUUGAAGGUCCCGAUCUUCUGCGCAGAGGUUUUACAAGUGUGAAAAGUGAAUUGUUGCCCAGUCACCCACUGGAGUUGACAGAAAAGAAUUUCCAGUUAAAUCAAGAUAAAACAAACUUUGCCACGCUGAGAAAUAUUCAAGGAAUCCAUGCACCUUUAAAGCUGCAGAUGGAAUUCAGAGCAGUGAAACAGGUCCAGCGUCUCCCAUUUCUUCACAGUUCAAACAUGGCAUUGGAUACUCUGAGGGGAAAUGAUGAAUGCAUUGGUUUUGAGGAUAUCCUUAAUGAUCCUUCACAGAGUGAGGUUAUGGGAGAACCACACAUGAUGAUGGAGUACAAGCUUGGUUUAUUGUAACAAAAUAUACUCCACAAAAAUGUUUUGUGUGUGUCUUUCUACUGCAGAUCUAAAUACAUGAUACUAAAUUGACACUAACAGUGUUAAACAGUCCUACAGUUAUCAUUUGCCUUCCUUGAUGAAAAGGCACAUUAAAUGUUUAAAGUCUAUAAAUUGUUCUGUGCUUGUCAAUCAAGUAAAUGUCCUGUAACUAGGUAGUUUAAAUGUCUUUUCAUACACUGCUCAGGACAAUAGCUUCUUAAAUAUGGAAAUGCUGUAUAUGUACACAAGAAAUCCAGAAAUACCCAUGCAUUUCAAAAUUGACUGCUGUAGGUUAAUGCAUUUAAUGGCUGUUCUCAUGGAAGAACUUAAGAGGGAAAGGAAGGUAUUUUCCAUUGAGUAACAUUUUGUUCAUGAAAAUGUCCAUACACUUUUUAAACUAUUGAAUAAAAGUUUGCUAUAAAUGCUCUUGCGUUCCAAAA